AUUCGUUUGUCAAUCAUUGAAGAGAAAAGAGCGUAAGCAAGAUCGCACCGAAUAAAAGCAAAAACUUAUUGAAACACAAAAGCGAGAAUUAAAAAAAAACACCAUCCCAUUGCUUCGAUGUGUGAAAGAAAGAAAAUUGAUUUGAAGUGCGCAAGUUGAAAAAUUAACAAAAAAAAAAAUGAUUGGAAAUCAGUGAACUUACGAUCGUUGCUCCGGCCGAUCAUUAUUUUUUUUCUAUUCGCUUGAUUUGUGCGUGAAACAGUGAAUAAAUUGAUUAAAUUUUGCGAAAAAAAAGAUUUGCGUCGAUUUAAUACGCAACGGAACAAUUUGCGAACAAAACGUUUACAUGACAACAAAUAACCGUUUUUUUUUGCGAAACGAAAAAUAGAAAAGAAAACAGCUAUUAGCGUGUAAAAUUAGUGUGAAUUUUAAAAUUGUUUGCAUAUUUGAAGCAUAAACAGAUUUUAUUUCAAUUGAACGUUGAAUUUGGAGAUGCGCUUUGAUUAUUUGAUUUACCAAUGGAUUACUUAAGAACACCAAUGACGAAAAACUUUAUGUUAGCAUUAAUUGCAGUUUUUGCAUUGACCGUGCCAGUCAUUGAUUGUUAUGGAUUUGAUGCGGGUGCGUCUUGCAGCGAUAAAACGGCUCGCCGUGGUCGUGCUCAGCUGAUCAAAUCGAUUCCAUGUGAUUUAUCGGUGCAAGCGUAUUGUAAUUUGCCCGGCACCAUGUAUCCAUGGCAUGCCGUUCGACGCUUUGUGAACGAAAAUCAAGGAAUGAUGAAACGAAUGUAUGGUGACGUACGGCAUAUAUCCGUGUUACGAAAUGAAAUCACAAAUAAUGACAUCACAUUGGAUGAUGUUGAAGAAACAGCCGUACGUUAUUCUCGAGCUGGAUGGAAACGUAACAAGUAUUUGUACCAAGAAUCAUCAAAACAGAAAAAUAGUGAUUUGUUAUCGGAGGCUCACUAUAGACGUGCGUCAACGGCUCGUAGUACGACUGGUCGAUCGACGACAACCCGUUCACGAGGCAGAACCACACAACGAGCCGGCUCAACUGCAUCAACGAAUGUCGAAACAUCAGCGUCAACUUCAACGCUUUCCUCAUCCACCGAACCAAUACCGACCAAAAAGACAAAAUCGGCCGAACGAAAGGUGUUGAGUGCAAAACUAACACGAAAUACAGAUAGUUCAAAAGAGAAAAGCAAUGAUGAUCCAUAUGAAGAAGUGAUUGAUGCGGCUAUUGAAGAAAUUUUCGAUCAAUUUGACAACGAAAAUGCGAAUAAAAAUAUAUUCGCCAAUGUUAGCGAUAAUGGAAAAUUAGUAACGGAACUUCGCAACGAAUCAAAUGAUAACAUUGAAAUUGUUGGUGCACCUGAUUUAUCGGAUAAAAGCAAUAAAUCGGAGGUGGCAGCCACCAUAUCGACGACAUUGAGAAUAUAUGGCUAUACGAAAGAUGAUCGAACAACAACAGCCAGUCCAUUAAAUGUAACGACUGAAAGUGCUGUUACGCCAGAAAAUCGAACCGAAAGCAUGUUUUUGAAACAGAAUAGUACAACACCAAAAAGUCAAGUUGAUGACAAUUUGAUACAUUUUGAGGUUGAUUCGAGCGAUCUCGAUGGGAGCGUUUCGAGUGAAGAGAUCGAUGACGACGACGACUCUACGCCAGAUGAAUCGAUUAAUACUGAGAGCAUCGUUGAUAUCGAUGGUAAUCCAAAACCGGAUAAAACUGCGAAACCAUCCGAUGACAAUACCAUUGGACAACUUUAUCAAGAUGUCGCCGAAAAAGAAGAACCCGUUCUCAUUAGCUCAAAAGGAGUGAACGCUUGUCCGGUCAAAGAAGAAGUUGUUGCACCAUUUUGGGCAAAUAACACCCGUGGCGAAGUGUUAGCCUUACUGAAUCUGUAUCCAUUCGAGCAAUAUGUACAUUGGGAAAAGUGUACUCAGGAACACAAGCAAAUGUAUUGUCGUGACGGCUGCAGAUGUGAACAACAGUAUAGACUUCAUCGGCUAUUGGCAUAUGAUCCACACAACGAAUGUCGUGGCAUCUUCUCAGACUGGUUCCGCUUCCCAUCCUGUUGCAUUUGUAAAUGUUAUAAUAUUCCAUUUGAAUAUCGCGUGACAUCAAGAAGUCCCCGAUCAUUGGGAAAAUACACGAAAAAUGACGGAAAUCCUGAAAUGAAUGCAGACGAUAACAUUCAUGAUGAAUUGGGUGAAGAACCCGAUCAUUCAAGCAGCGAUUGGUUUCAUAAAAAGAGCUAUCUAAGCGACGAUUUUGCAGAAAUGUUCAAUGAAGAAAUAGAUUUUUAAAAAACCGAAUUAUUAGGAAAACAAUUCAUUUGUAAAUAAGUUAAAUUUAAAUCUUUUUUUAGACAACUCAUUCAUCACUCAUAUUUAUCUGACACACAAAAAAAAACAAUAUUUAUCGAGAGAAAAAAAAGGCUAGUGAAAAAUUAAUUUAAGGAAGUGAGAGUCGCAUGUAUCUUUUUCGUAAAAUAGAUUUCAUUUGGAGCGGAAAGAUCCUACAAUGCAAACAUUUUUAUUUUUGAAAAACAUAUUUUGUAUGUGUUCCACGACGAUUUGUAACUUUUUUCAGAUUAAAAAAAAAAAACUUUAAAAAAACAUGCAGCUAAAGACAAUUCACGUUUUUCUGCUUCAAAUCAAUGGUAUAUUCUUCUUGGCACAUUCUCAUAACCUCGUUCAGGAAACAAGUAUGACAGAUUAGUGUGCGACUAUGUCAGAACAAUUAUCAUUUAUGAAAACUUCAAAUUGGACCACAAAUUUAAGCAGAAAAGAGUCAUUUAUCCAUAUGUAUAUCAAUUUUAAUAGAAAACGAGAAGAGAGCAUAUUUCUUUGUUUUAAAUCAAAAACAUUUUUAUACAUUUGUGUAAACAAUUUAUAAAAAAAAACAUAUACAAAAUAUGUAUAAUUUUAUUUAAUGAUGUUGUAUGAUGAAGGCAUUGAUUCGAAGUGGAAAAAAAUCCGAGCAAUAUGGCUCUUUCGAUCAAUUUAACGAGCUAAGUAAACCUUAGGUGUGUAGAAACACCUUUUCUACUCUAGUACAUGUAAAUAGUCCUUAAGUUUUUAUAAAACAUUUCAAUACAAUUUGACUUACUCAAUUAGAUUAUUGCUCGUUAUAGAAAACGGCAUAAGAAGGAAAACAAACACGACAUCGACUAUGAACGCCAGUGAAAAUGUGUUGUGUUUUUUUUCUUAUACCGUUUUUUUCACUCACAUUAACACACAUAAAUUUAUUUGUCUCUAGACUUUAGUGCUAAAUCAAUAAAUCCAUUAACCAUUUAACAAUUAAAACAUAAAAUUCGAAUUUAAAGCACCAAUAAAAUACUUUAUAAAAAAUCA